CGUAUGCAGCCUGCACAUGCGACCUCCGGAGGCUACAGCCUUCCGAUUGAGAAACGGCCUGUGUCUUUAAGAAACAGCCGGAAGCUGUAGCGGCCAGCGGGGUAUGCGCGCGCACUUUGACGAGGAAGAACGCGCGAUAAACAACAAGGCCAGCGAUCAAAUAACGCACAGCUUUGAUCUUCUCAAACAUUCAGAUGAUCAGAAACAGAAAAUGGCGGUCGAGCAGGGCAUUAAAAUGUUGGCGUUUCGAGGAGAUGUGCUGGUGUUCCAAUGCAAAACUUUAACCUCCAAAAGUCGAGAUCAACGUCGAGGUUCAGAGGUGUCGUUCUGCAGUCUGACCUUUGACCCAAACACUCAGAGUUUCUCAAAUAAAGAUCACACCAAGUACCCAUUACACAGGGACAGCGCUGCUGAAACAGACAUCGUUCACUGUUCAUCUGUUCUGGACGUACGACAGAGACGAAAAGUGCCGUGUGUUUUACUGAGACUGUGCAAGAAGAGAACGUCUGCUUUCAAAUACGUACUGUACUCCAUAAACACUCCCACAGAGACUAAGCUUCAUGUGGAAUUUGUGUUGCCGUAUGAGAUACGAGAUAAUAUUUCAAUAUUACAAGGCCCUACAUUGGUCUGGCGUCAUGAAGUCACAGUCUGCUUUAUAUCUUCACAGGCUCCUGGAGUAAAAGAGAUUCCUGUACCCAUGACUGUUAGUUUUAUUGGUGAACUGCCUCUCUGUCAGAGAAAACUAGUGGUUUUAGGUGCCCAUAAUGUUUCCAAAAAGAGCCCGGAUGAACCGUUUAAUGUCACGGGGUUAAAGAAUACACUGUACUUUAUAGAUGAUGACAGAAGUUUAAAUGGAGAUUGUCUUGUACCUGAUGCCUACAGUUGUGUGAUUCAGUACAUGACCGUGCUGUCCGCUGAAGACCUCGAUGGUUCUCUGAGAUCUGCUGUGCUGGCGGUCACAAACAUGAAACAGUUGGUGUAUUUUGAGAACGGUGUUCCUCUGGAUGUUUGUCUUCUGCCGUAUGAGAAUCCUCUGAGCAUUCAGACACUUCAUACAGUAAGAAAUGACUGUCUCAUCAUCAUCACCUUCAGUCAGAAGAACGUCUGUGCUGUGUGGAAAGAUACCUUCCAGGUGGGCAGUUGUUGGACUGACGUCCGUCUGAUUCUGGUGGAUGAUUUUUUGGGAUGUGGUACAGAUCAGAUGCUCCUCGUGUUUGAAGAGUCGAUGUCUUCAGGAGAGUUGCUUAGCAACUUCCUCCUCACGGAUCUGUGUGCCAUCACAUAUUCUUGUGUACAGUCAAACACAGAGAUGUUGAAUACAUCAGAGACGUUACAGGAGAAUUACCUGCUCACCGUAAGAGCCUUAGAGUCACGACUGCAGAGUGGUCUUAACUUCCUCGAGGACCUUCAGAGAGAUGUGAAUGUGAAAGAGAGACUCCUACAUCAGACGCUUGUUGCCCUAACUGACCUGAUAUCAGACCGAGAGCAUGUGAUGAUCUCUCCAGAACAGGAGGGGCUUGUUUCACUGUGGGAUGAAGAUGAUGAUGAUAAAGAGGUGAACGUCACUGAUGAGCGGAUGCAGACUGAAUGUGGUGAAGCUCUGAUGAAGGUGAACAGAGUUUGGCAGAGAGUCAUCGGGGAGAGUUUGAUCUGUGGCGUUGUCAUGACAACAACAAAUAACACAUCCUUGAAGAAUCUCAGCGCUUCAAUCAUAGCAGAUUGUCCUGUGUCAGUAAACAGCAGGAUUUUAACACAGCACUGCUUGACAUCAGAUAUGACUGUGUGCCGUGAUCCACCACCUGUGAAGAACAUCAGACGAUCUGAUUGGACCGCUGACGACGUCACAUCAACAUUCACACUACUGACAGUCACUGAUCUUCCUCCUUUAUUGACCUCCGCCAGCAUCAGACACCCCAUCAUACUUCAUUACUGCAGUGAAACAUCUUCACCUGAUAAACCUGCUCGAGUUUCUUACCAUUGCGGGCAGGUCUCAGUAGAUAUCAAAGAUAUUGCCAUUGGAAAGUUAAAUCCACAACUGUUACAGGACCGUAAACGCAAUACAGAUGAUGCUAGAGAAGAUCUCUUCAGCCUGAUGGCUGUGAUGGACUCGUGGUCUUUUAUCAUUGAUUGUUGUGAUCACACACUGGUGGAUGUUCAGGGUUGGUUACUGGACGUGAUGCACGCUGAGUGUCUGGAGGUGGAGCCACACUACGCCACACCUCCAUCUGCUUUACUGCUCUUUCAUUGGACACAGAAAACACCUUUCCAAGGGCUUUUAACAGUCCACUGCAGGGACGAGCUGCAUCUGCUGCAGUUUCUGAACUCACUGUGUGAUUUUCUGCCCGUGUCACAUCACGUGCGUCUGGUCAGGACCCCGAGAUCUCGUAGACACACUGGAGGUCUUUCACAGACUCUAGAGACAGAGAUACAAAGCAUCACACAAGAAGUGCUUUCUGUUCUUCAGUGUGAGGAGAGAGAGAUGAAAAGAGGAGAAAGAUCCUCCUCAGACGCCUCCUCUGAACCGCUGCAGAUAUUAAGGGAGGAGUGGCAGAUAGAGAGAGAGAAGUACAACAAGAGACUGCGCCCCCUGGUGGAUGCGACACGUUACUGCAGACUCAUAGAGAGAUGGAUUCACACGCAGAUGAACAGUGAUGUAGUCGCUCUAAUGGAGACGCGGGUGGAUUUACCUCCUCUGUAGAUGAAGGGUGAGAAAUAUCUCUCUAGUUCAGUUCCAACGCAACGCAAUAGUGCUGCAUAACGAUUAAUCGCAACUAAUCGUUUGCAGAAAAAUAUUGUUUAUAAUAAUUAUGUAUAUAUAAAAACACACACAUGCAUAUAUAAGUUUAAGAAAAAAGAAAUGUAUAUAUUAAGUAUUUAUAUUUUAUUAUAAUAUAAAUUAUAUGUAAAAAAUGUAUAUACACAUGUAAAUAUUUCUUUAAUAUAUUCAUGCAUGUGUGUGUGUUUAUAUAUAUGCAUAAUUAUUAUACACAGUACACACACACACACACAAAUAUGAUGUAAAUAAAAAAAUGUAUUCUUGAAAUGAUUAGUUGUGAUUAAUGUUUGGUAGAGCAGUAAUGAAUUUCUUUGACUUGUUAGCAGAUAUAACCGAUUAUAAAAGCACUCUCUGUGUGAAGUCAUACGAUGGAACAGAACUAAAUUCAUGUUUGUUGUUUACUCGUAUGCUUCACGUGUCUGGCAACUUUUAAAACUCAUUUUCGAGUCGGUGACCUGCUGUGACUGAGAGACAGAUCCAUUAUCACAGAACAUUGUGUUAUUUCUGUUCAUCACAUUUAACAAGAGUCAAAUACUUCUGUUUUGUCACUGUAAACUCCUACAUUUCUCUCUCCUCGGUAAAGAUAAUAGAAGUAAGUUUGAAGUGACACGAGGGUAAAAUAUAAAGGAACUUCUCACUCAUAUUUUUCAGUCCACCCUCCUUUGACAGCCAGACAUCUCAUCUUAAUCCAUGUUGAAUGAUUAACAUCAAGCCCGAGGAGUUUCGGUGAGCUUCUGGUGGGUUCUCCAGAGGUUCCUCUAAUGUUUCUGUGACAUUUCUAAACACUUAAGCGUCUCUUCAUCCCAGAAGCACACAGAUGAGCCGGUCACCCGUGUUUACCCUGCUGUUUGUUCUUCACAGAAAGAAAACACGUUAGUCCUAAACCAGCUGAGCUUUAUCUUCACUAGUCUAACAAAUCCCACAUCACCUGCGCUCUUAAAAUGAAUGUGAACAUUUUUGGAAAGAUUAAUCUGUAAUAAAGAAAGCAACUUUUUAUCAUCACUGCUGAGAAAUGAGAUUUAAUAAAAUCUGACUGUUUGACUCAGAAAAACAUAACUGGGCCUUUUCUUAGAAAAAUAAAAAAUAAGCUAUUACGUUUUGCAGAGAGAUGAACUGUGCGAUUUUAGUUUUACAAGGGCCGUUUCUCAAUACCAAGAAAGCUUGUAAAAGUGGAUUUUGCGUAACGGGUACCCUUUGAUGUUCAGACUCAGAAGAACGAUCUCCCGAAGACAGUAGGACGUCAGUUCGGUUAUAUUGCAAAUGACCAAUACAUGCAGCCCUGAC